UGAGUAUAUAGGUUUGUAUUUUCACUCGAUCUUUCUCUCUCCUCCCAAUUUUCUCUCUCCCCCUUCUCCUCCGAUCCCCUCACGCCACCGCCUCCUUUCACCUCCCUACCUGCGAUCAAUAUAACAACGUCGUUAACCUUCCGUCAUCCGCCGCCUUCUUUAUCAUCUAUCUAUACGUGUAUAUAAACUUCCACAACUAUUUGCAUUCUUUCAAAUUUGUGAGUCUCGCGGAUAGAUACUUGGCGCAGAUCCAGCUGGCUUCGCUUCCUUGCUCGGAGUUCCAAUCUCUCCGCAGACAUAUCCACUACCCACUCUGUGGGAGCACCACAGACUUGUGAACCUGGUCUUUUGGAUGGAGGUUUUAGCAAAUGCCUUCUCAAGUUGCUUGGAUGACAUUGACACUUUGGUUGAACAAUGAAUUCAAGUAUGUUGGCUGGAGAGCGAAGAUGGGCUUCUGCGAGAAGGGGUGGCAUGACUGUGUUGGGGAAAGUUGCUGUUCCAAAACCAAUAAACUUGCCAAGCCAACGGUUGGAGAAUCAUGGUUUGGAUCCUAAUGUGGAAAUUGUUCCAAAGGGUACUGUUAGCUGGGGAAGCCGUUCGUCUUCAUCUGGUUCAAGUCCAUGGACCUCUUCAUCUUUGUCACCAAAUGCUGAUGGUGGCACUGUUUCACCUAGUCAUCUCAGUGGUCGCCCUUCAUCAGGUGGAAGUGGUACACGACCAUCAACCUCAGGCAGUGAUAGAACUCAUGAUCAUGCUCCAAAUGCUUGGUCUGCAAACUCCAGACCUUCAUCUGCUUCUGGGACGUUAUCAUCAAACCAGACAACAUCAUCAUCAUUGCGUCCUAGAAGUGCUGAAAACCGACCUAAUAGCUCACAGCUUUCGAGGUUCGCUGAGUCUGUGUCCAAAACUUCUGCACCAUGGGGUUCAAAUGUUACUGCAGAAAGAUUGGGGGUGAAGUCCUUGAAGGAGGAUAGUUUCUCUCUGACUUCUGGAGACUUUCCAACUCUUGGUUCUGAGAAAGCUAAUUCAGUAAAAAAUGUCGAAUCGGAAGAUAGCCGUCCUAGCUCAGCUUCUGGUAGAAUAGUUCAGGCCAACAAAGAGGACAAUAUACCCCAUGCUGAUGUCAAGCAUGGAACUGUCAAUACAUGGAGGGCAGAAACCCAACAUGCGGAGGAUGAUAUCCAUCCUAGCAUGGAGAAAUGGCAGGGGGAUCCCCAUCAAUAUUAUCCAAACACUGCCCCUCAGCGUUUUGAGGGGUGGCGUGGUCCUCCUAUGAAUGGUCCAACUGGUGGUUGGUAUGGGGGACGUCCACGAGGUCCUGCUUUUGGGGCUCACGUUCCUCCUGGUGGCUUUCCCAUGGAACCAUUUCCUUAUUAUCGGCCUCAGAUUCCACCUCCCCCUUUGGCAGGUUCACAACCAGUUCCACAGCCAGGUCCUCGAGGACCCCACCCUAAAAAUGGGGAUUUAUACAGGCCACAGAUGCAUGAAGCCUAUCCUCGACCAGGUAUGCAGUUUAGGCCUAAUUUCUACCCAGGUCCCCCGGGUCCAAUGCCUUUUGAGGGUUACUAUGGACCGCCUAUGGGCUACUGCAACAAUGAACGCGAUAUGCCAUAUAUGGGAAUGCCUACAGGUCCCCCAGUUUAUAAUGGCUAUCCAGCCCCUGCUCCCGAUAUAAGCAAUUCUCAUGGUCGAGCUAGUGGGCGUGGCCCUACUGGAAAAACAAUGUCAGAACAAGUGGAGACUGGUCAUCCAGAGGAAACACGUGCACCAAAAAGAGUUCCUCUAAACAUCCAUAAUGAGUAUGAGCAGAAGGAGGAAGGAGAUCACUGGGAGCAACAUGUGCCUCCUAAUAUCUCACAUCCUGGGAAAAUUCGGUUUCCUCCAUCUUGUCGAAAGACUGAGUGGGGCGCAGAAGAGGAUGCAGAAGAAGCUGUAUCUACCAAGAGGAUGGCACUAAACCAGAACCCUUCCAACAGUCACGGAAAUAGAAUUCAUUCAGCAGACAACAUGAAAGUGAAGGCAUUUGAGGGCAUGGGCAAUACUAAAGGACUUGAUGAUAACUGGACAAAUAAAUCUGAAGGUCCACUUUCUUUUCCAUCCGUAGUGCCUCAGUGUCCUGUUGCUAAUGAUAGAGAUGCCAUACCAGCUACAACCAAAAACUCAGCACUAAUACAUAAAAUUGACGGCUUAAAUGCAAAAUUUCGUGUUUCUGAUGGAUGGAGUGAGUCCACCACUGCUGAUAAUAGGGAAAAAGAAUGGACUGGGUCUCAAAUAGUUGAUAUGAAGGUUAACAAUGGCACCAGGGAAGUUGGUAAUGCUGCUGCGGCUUCUCAUAGGGCUCCUGUUUCCAGAAACUGUACUGCUGCCCCAGAUGAAAUGACUGUUCCGGUUGGUGAUAAUCCAAUGCACCCAAUUGCUGUCAUCCCUAGGAGAUCAUAUCAUGGUGGGCAACCUAGAGUUGAUCAUCGUGGUAAAGGGAAGUUCAACAGUCAGGAAGCUGAUGGAUGGCGGAGGAAGCCUCUCAGUAAUGAUUCCUCAAGUGCAGUUAUGGCUUCAAAUGCUGAAUCUAUACCAAAUAUUCAUUCUCGUGGCCCUAAUAUUGUUGGGGAGGCUUCUGAAAAUUCUAAGAUGGAUCCGGUAGGGAAGGCCGAAGGAGAUUCGGCUGAAGUAUGCGAUUCAGCUGAUAUUCAGGCACAGCGUGCCAAGAUGAAAGAGUUAGCCAAGCAACGCUACCUGCAACUACAAAAAGAAGAGGAAGAACGAGUAAGAGAGCAGAAGGCCAAGGCUCUUGCUAAACUAGAAGAAUUGGACCGCCGAAAACUAGCAGGUGAAGCUGCAAACCAGAAGGCUGAGAGAACUCCAAUCAUUGGUGACGUCAGGGUAGAACAACAAGAAGUCCAUACAGUUAUAGGCACUGUGGUUGCUGAACUCAAGACUAAUGAAUCUGGCUUUAACUUGGUCUUGAGUCCUGCUGUUGCUUCUUGGGGGACAGAUAACAACACAAAUCAGGCUGGAGAAUCUGUCGAAGAGUCGAGAGACUUGCACCCACCUAUACAGCAGAAAGGUUUAGUGGAGUCUAAUGUGUCUUCUUUGCCUAAAAUUGAAGACUCUGAGGAUGUAAGUGCUAAAAAAGUAUUAUCGCAUUCGCAACCUGAUGAUGGAGGAAUCUCCAGACACAAGCGAGCAGGCUACAAGCAGAAGCAGAAUAACCUGACGCAGAAGCAUUUGAAUGAAAAUGCUGGCUCUAGCUCUACACUUGAGGCGCAAAAAGAUCAUACUCUUGCAGCUGUUGCUGAUAUGCAUGAGCCUCCAUCAAGUGAUACCAGACUGAGCGAGUCAAAUUUGCUGAACAUAUCCAAUACUGUGGUUGAGCCAUCGGUCCAGCAAAGAAAGAGAAUUAAUCGGAAUAAUAAACCUAAGCCCAAACCGGAAGAAACGCCUACUGUUUCUGCUAUACCACCAGUGACAUCAGACAUUACUCAUGGAAGUGAGUCAAUUGACAAUGGUGGAUCUAAUGAUUCAGUGUCAAAUUUGGGUGCAUUUGUCUCAACAGUGCAUGAGCCUGAUACAUCAGUGCACACUCGGGAGCUAUCUUCUUGCCUACCCAGUGAGGAAUCCCAGAGCAAAGUACCUACUCAGUGGAAACAGAAUCGCAGAAUUCCAAAAAAUCAACAGGCCCAUAGAUUUACAGACAAGCAUCAUGGUAGUGAUACUGUUGUUUGGGCUCCUAAGGCUAAGGGUUCAGAUGAAAUGAGUCAAAAUUCUCUACAGGAAUCUGCUAACUCAAUGAAGAGUAAUAAUGUGGCACAGAAUAGUUUGAAAGGCAAGAGGGCUGAAAUGGAGAGAUAUGUACCAAAGCCACAACUGGCUCAGCAAGGAAGUUCACCGCCUUUGCCAUCCUCAGUUAGGUCAUCUAGAUCGACUGAGGGUGUUGUUGGGGAACAAUCUGGGUCAUCUAUUUCUGCAAAUUCACAGCCUGUAAGCUCUUCUGCAGCUGCAAAUGUGGGAGAUAGCAGCAGCCAUAGCAAGAAUAAGAAAGAUCAUGGGACUUGGAAACAACGUGGUUCGACAGAUCCAUCUCAGACAAAGAGCGUACCUACUGGUCCAACUGAUAUAUCUCAAGUGAAGGGUGCCCAUACCGGGCCAUCUCCAGUAUCUGAGCCUAUGAAGGAGGUUCAGCAGUCCAAGGAGAUUGUGCAAUCUGGGAGAAGUGAAUCAAAUAGAGCGAAUGCUGAAACCAAAAUCUCUGGUGGCAACUAUGCGACUGCUGAUACAACCACUGCUGCAGUGAGCAAACAUCCUUCAGUGAAAGAUCAGGGUGCAACAGGCAGAGGAAAGAGACAUCCACCUAGGGGUCCAAGAAGUGGUGGAAAUAAUCCUGAUUUUGAGAACACUUUAUAUGGUGAAGUUGAUGGAAGUUCGUCUUCAGCACUGGAUGUGAACCAGAUGGAUAAAUCUAUUAUUGCAAAAGAGAAUCGUAGCUUUGGGGAGCGGACAUCCUCUCAUUGGCAGCGCAAAUCCAGCCCAAAUUCUGCUAGUAAUCAACAAGGAAAUAGAAAUGCUGGAAGUGAAUCUGUUACUCUAGAAACUAAUAGGAUCCCAAGGAAGGGUACUCCUCAGCAUAUGGUGCAAUCAGUGCCCCAACACGAUAAGGAGAGUAGCAACUCAAGCCAACCUCAUCUUCAGCCAGGUCAAUCUGUCAACGUCAAAAGUAAUGUAGCUGAUGAUUCAGUUGCUCGUCGCCAUCAAAACUUUGACAGAGAAAAGAAGCCUGAUCCAGUGAAAGGGCGCCCUUACUCCCCAAACCAAGAUCCAGUUGGCUCUGAUGAAUUACCUCUUAGUAACACAAAUGAUCUGCUUGAGCACAAUGUUACAUCAGGAUCCAGGAGAACUGGAAGGCAAAACAAUCGCCCUGUCAGAGUCCAUGAAUCCCGUGGAGAAUGGUCUUCAGGGUUUGAAAACAGGCCACAUAAUGCACAUGCAUUCCGGGACAGGCAGAGGCAGAAUGUGCACUUGGAGUACCAGCCAGUUGGUCCUUUAAAGGGUUACAAACCUGAAAAAGUCGAGGAGCUAGCAGAUGGAGGAGCUGAUAGUAUGGACCAAAGACACAGGGAAAGAGGCCAGAGUCACUCCAAACGUGGAGGAAACUAUAACAGGAGAUAAAGUGGCACAUUCCACGUAACCUGGCCAGGAGAUUCUGGAGUGAGAUUUGCAAGAUAAUCUUCCAAUUUGUUGCCUUUGCUUGAUUAGGUAUGAGACCACGUAUCUUCAUCCUAGGUAUGCAUCUACAUUUUGUGUUCUCAUGAUAAUAGAAUGGUAGUUUAUCUGUUAACUGGUGGCACAUGCACUGAGCAGGAUUAGAGGCCAGGUUUAGGGCACACCUUUGAGGGAUGUGGUAUGUUAGAUCGAGGAAAUGAGACAUGAUAACCCAUUUAAAAAUUGUAAUUGAUGUGCCAUACACUGCAAUGUCGCUUAUUUUCAAAUGUAGCAUUUUGUGUAUCUGGUAAUCUAAUGUGUGCCCUGCGUGCAGGCCAAAGAAUGAUUUAGAAAGAUAGAUAGUAGCAUAUGUUCCAUAAUUUUGUCGGAA